CGAGAGACGUGAGUAUUAACUCUCCGUUUCUAUCGCCUCGGAUUCCUCCGUCUCUCUCUGUCCCUCUCCUCUCUCACGACUGAUAGCUUCAGAUGUCCACCUGCCAGUCACAAGUCAGCCAAGCCAAAAGUUAGCUGUUAGCUGACGUUAUCUGCACAAACUAGGCUAACGUUAGCUAGUGUGUACGUAAAAGGAGGUGUAUUUAUUUAUUAAAUUGUACACUUUUAAUUUUAAAUCGUAAUCUUACAAAGGGUCGUUUUACAAGCCAUGUCUCUAUUUUGUGUAAAACCCAUUUUGAUUUUUAAAAAUUGUAUUGAAUAUGAAUUAUUAUUCCAUUAGACCACCAUUACAUGUUUCCUCUCGCGCACCCCACUCUGGGAAUCCCUGGUAUAGACAAAUGCUAAAAGCGGUAGUAACACAAAGCCUUCCCAGGGGUCAGCACUGCGUCAUCACCGUGACUGGUCUGCCAGAAUACCAGGCACAGAAGAAGAAUUCUCCCGCCCCAUCCGCUGUUCUUUUUAAAGCGAGGCGGGAGGACGCUCGUUCCACUCAGGCAGGUAGCGCAGAAACAUAUCUGGACGUCACAGGUCACUUCCAACAUGGUGAGGACGAAAGCCGACAGUGUCCCUGCGUCCUACAGAAAAGCUAUUGCUGCAGCUGCACCCCGGAAGUCUCUGGGCUCCAGCUCAGCCAAUUCCGCCUCCUCUGCCUCCAGCAGCCAUCCGUCCACUCCUGCUAAAGGUAAAUAUGCAGGCGGUAACCCGGUGUGCCCCCGGCCCACCCCCACCUGGCAGAAGGGAAUCGGGGACUUCUUCGGCGGCCCACCAAGGAAGCCCGAGAAAGAGAACCAGAGGCCUCAGGAGGUGGAGGACGAGGAGGAGGCCGGGGGCAGCGGGAUGACCAGCAGGAAGUCCCGGCCGCUUCCUGCUGACGAAGACGAGGAUGAAUGAAGACUAAGAAUGAAUGCGUCCACCUCCUUAGAUUUGUUUUAAUGUACAUCUGUAUAUAAAUUUUAUUUUGUAUAGUUCAAUAAACGUUUUUUAGAAUAGAA